GGCCCUUCGCCCCUCCCCCUGCCCUCCCUCCGUCCCCUUCCCGUCGGCCGCAGCCCCAGGGAGGCUCUGGGGAGCGCCUCCAAUCCCAUCAGCCCUUUCGCCUCAAGCUCUUACCGUAAUUCCCAGAAAGGAGGCGAAAAAGCCUCGCGAAGGUGGUGCUUUGACAGAAGCACCGAGAUUCCGCUACCUGACUCAGCCGCCUUGGAUUGUCUUGAUCUGGAACCCUGCCAGAAACGCCCAGAGACCAUAUGCUCACGGUCAGUUCUGGGAACCAGCUUUUUGGAAGGACAUGGAUCAUCUGGAGUCAUCCCCAGGAGGCAGCCAGGAUGGCAAAAGGCCUCCCGUUCUUGCUGGGCAGCCUGCGGUCUGUGGCCUGUCCCAGAUUACCAGCAGCCUGUACCUCGGCAAUGGCUUGGCCGCUAACAACAAGGUCAUACUGUCCAGCAACCGAAUCACCACCGUCAUUAACGUGUCCGUGGAGGUGGUGAACACCUUCUACGCCGACAUUCAAUACGUCCAAGUGCCUGUGGCCGACACCCCGCUCUCCCGCCUGUACGACUUCUUCGACCCCAUCGCCGAUAAGAUCCACACAGUGGAGAUGCAGCAGGGCCGUACGCUGCUGCACUGCGCGGCCGGAGUCAGCAGGUCAGCAGCCCUCUGCCUGGCCUACCUCAUGAAGUACCACUCCAUGUCCCUGCUGGACGCUCACACCUGGACCAAGUCCUGCCGACCCAUCAUUCGGCCCAACAACGGUUUCUGGGAGCAGCUCAUUCACUACGAAUUCAAACUCUAUGGCAAAAACACAGUUCGCAUGGUGAACUCUCCCUUUGGCGUGAUCCCGGAUGUUUAUGAAAAGGAAGUCAGAGUGAUGAUUCCACUGUGAUGGUGAUUAGCUUUCUGCUAUUCAGGGUGAAGGGUGCAGACCUGUCAUUGGCUCUAGACCACAGUCUGAACUUGAAAAUAAACUCUUCAGCUCGAGUAUUAUACUUUGAUCGAUACAGAAAAGCAGAUGACAAUGUGAGAUCAAGGAGCGAGCUCUCCCAGGGGCUUUAACCUUGAAUCCGCAUCUAUAAAGAAUAAAACUCAGUCACUACAAAAGUUAUCAAGAACUUAGUGAUCGAGAACCUCCCCGUCUGUGCCCGAUUCCCCGGGGCUAGUCAGGGAGGACGGGUGAGCAGGGGAGGUGGACUCCAAACGUCGGUUCAGCAGAGAGAAGCCAGCAGGUAGCCUCUUGGAGCUGAUGCCAAAAGGCUGGGGACAACUGACAGGUCUGGGAGACUCAAGCCUGGCCAGUGACCAUGUCUGCCAUCGCUCCUAGGGCCAGGGGUGAGCCCUUCCUCCCCUUCCCUGCCUGCUGCCUCCCCCUCCAGUUACUUUCUGGUGAGUCCAGCCACAUGGGCCGACAGGCCCGAACCCUGUGGAGAUUCAGGGGCUGACCGGAUGACUGAGAGGGGACAUAUCUCCAUGCCCUGAGCCAGCCUACCUUCUGCCCCUGCUCUCCCCUCUCCUGAGAGGCGGGGUUGCCUCAUAGGCUUCCAGAGAUCAUUCCAGUAUCUCACUAAGGCACACUGCAGGGGUACCCCAUUUCAUCUCAUCCUUUCGUAGUGCCCUCCCCAAGUUCAUCUGACCAAGCCCUGCCUUGGCAUUGCUCAUGCCAGAUAGGUAGGUUAGCUGAGACCCAGGUGCUCAAGCUUUCUUCCUUUGGAAUGAACAGCUUCUGUCUGUGCCUACUGAAGUCAGUUGCAGGGCACCAAUAAAUGGCACACGGUAGGUAGGGUGUGCCUGUAGGUGGCCGGCUCUCUCUCCCCUCCGUGCCCCCUCCCAAGCCCUUUAAGUGGGAUGAGGUCUGAUUAUGUCUGAAGUGGGUUAGUAGCAGAGUUCCCUGGAACACAUUUUUCAUUGGCUAAAAGAUCUUUUAGAACAAAUGAUCCUUAAUAAAACUUGUAA